UUCAAUACUUUCUAGACUCUCAGAGCGAAUGCAACACGUCACGGCUAAGAAAAACUACAACCGCUUCUGGAAUAGUUGUUUCUAUUUAUAUAGUUCGCAGUUUUUAAGUUACGCAUAUUAAUUCUCGUAAUGAGUGGAGAGGAGGAGUACUUCCAGGAGGAGGAAGAAGAGGAGCAGGAGCAGGAUAUUUACGACGAUGGCACGGAAUACACCGAACCGGGUGCCCAGAAGGUAGACAAGCCGUCAAAGGACGAGAAGAACGUGGCCAAGUGGCUGAAGAAGAACGUUAAGACGAAGAAGACCAAAUUCCUGAGCCACAUCGUCGAAUACUUCACCUCCAGCAAGGCCAUCGAUGCUCUGCUAAAGUCCAAAUUCACCGAAGGCAGCAAUCCGCUUUUCACCACCCGGGAGCAGGUAAUCGAGUUUCUAGACGUGAUGCUGGAGCACAAGUUCUUCCAUCGCGCCAAGAAGGUGCCCGUCACUCUGGAGGAGAUCAGAGGAAAGUCUGGAGGCGACAAGAAGGCGGACAAGGAGAAGACCCAAGAUAAGGAAAAGGACAAGGCAAAGGAUGAGAAGAAGGAUACCGAUCCGGAAGGCGAUAAUGGCCAAGGAGACGGAGGUGCGUCUGGCAACGAAAAAGAGAAGGAGAAAAAGGAGAAGAAAAAGCGCAAGAUCCGCCUGGACAUGCAUCCUGAGCAGAUCUUCGUGGACGGCUCCGAGGCAUACGUCUGGAUCUACGAUCCCAUACCGCUCCACUACUGGAUAUUCGGCUUCAUCCUGCUACUUGGCGCCGUUGGCAUUUGCCUAUUCCCUCUGUGGCCUCCACUGCUACGCAAGGGUGUCUACUACUUGUCCAUUGCGGCUGCCGGCUUCCUUGUUUUCAUCCUGGCUCUGACAAUUGUACGUCUAAUUGUGUUCAUCAUCGUGUGGGCAUUAACCGGCGGCAAGUUGCACUUCUGGAUCUUCCCCAACCUGACUGAGGAUGUGAGCUUCUUCGCCUCCUUCUGGCCACUAUAUGAGAGCAACUAUAACAGUGACCCAAAUAAUUCGUCCGCCAAGACCGACAAGAAAUCGAAAUCGAAGGACAAGAAGAAGGAAAAAGAAAGCGAUGCCGAGGACACAGCCGUGGAUGCGGAUGGAGACGCUGACGGUGAUGUGGAUGCUGAGGUUUCCACGCUUGAACCAGAGAAAAUCGAGCUCAUCAAAGAACAUGACACCGACAUGGAGAUCCGCAAACGUCGCAAAGUGGGUGCCGAUGACUACGAGGAAGACGAUGUGGAUGAAGAAGAAACGAAGGCGCAGCCCAAGGAUUCCAAAGCUGGAACGCCACGCAACUCGGGAUCGGAUUCGGAGAGCUCGAGUAAAGAUUACGAGAUAAUCAGUUCAAGUGAAGUCCAAAACGUUGCUGGCAACUAAUAUGAAGAAACCACAAUAUAUAUAUAUAUUAUUAUUUAAUGAUCCACAUCUAGCUAAUUGAUAAGACAUAGAACAAGAAUCACACAUCAAGUACAUCAGCAAACACACACGAUUCCAAGUACAGCGAAUUAUUGUCCCACAAGAAAUGCGAUCGGUGUCGUUAUUCUUUAUUGAAGAUUUCCUAAUCUGCUUUAAAUUGAGCUUAGGUUUGAGGUUUUGCAAUAUUUUUUAUUGUUGGAUGUAGGCUUGCAUAUGAAACACAAUAUUUUUAAACGGAAUAUUAUGUGAGACAAAGACAUUUGGUUAUGCACCAUGCAGUUGGACAUCUUUUUUUCGCAAAAGUUCUUAAGCCGUUAAACAAACUACCUAUAUUUUACCUAUUUGUAUUCCUAUGUUUGUAAAUGUAUACAGUGGAACGCACUAGGCAGGUGCAAGAAACGAUUGCAAUUGAUAAUAAUCAUAGCGAGUACGUACGUAGAUGUGAGCGCAUACGUUUCUAUGUGCAUGAAUAUUUACUCUACAUGUAAUUAAAGCAAACUAACAACUUAAUGAAAUUAGUAGUGUAACACGCAAUUAACUAUUAUAUAAAUAAAGCUAGGCAAUUCUGAUCUGAUGUGAGAGAUAUUUGAGCGUUUUUUAGUUCUUGCUCGAACGUUUUAUUAAAAAAUAUACAACAU